AUGCGCUCUGGAGAUAAACUGUCAGAGGCAUUCGGGAAUCCUGGAGACUUGAAGGAUGACUUCCAUCGACGCGCUACCGAGUGCCUGCUCUUGUCUAAAUAUUCAACCGAACCUGGCGCAUAUACCAUUGAGGCACUCCUCUUUAACAUUCACAAUGAGUUUGUGCGAUGUAAAGAUGCCCAUUUAGGCGUCUGGAUUCUGGCGGGUAUUGCUACGCGAUUAGCGAUGCGAAUGGGAUAUCACCGUGAUCCAAGCCACUAUUCACAGUUGUCCGUCUUUCAAGGAGAAAUGCGCCGCCGCUUCUGGGCGAGUAUCUUGCAGAUGGAUGCACUCUUUUCUUGCCAGCUUGGGUUACCGGCCAUGAUUCAAGAAUCACAAUAUGAUACACAGCUUCCGUCCAAUCUUCUGGAUGAAGACUUUGGUCCCGAUACCGCCAAGCUUCCGAAAUCACGGCCCGAGACUGAUGUCACUCCCGUGUUAUACACGAUUACAAAAACGCGAUUUAUGUUGCUGUUUCGUGAGAUUUUCAACCAGGUUGCUCUACAAUGCGUGGCAGAGUAUGAGGAGAUAAUUGCGCUGAGCCAGCGUCUUGAAAACGCCUAUACCCUUAUUUCUCCUCAUUUUCGAAUGACCUCUCUCGAAGACUACAUAACGGUUCCGCCUUAUUCAUUAAUCCAGAGGUAUAACUUGGAGCUUCUGUUCCAAAAGACGCGAUGUAUUCUGCACCGCCAUCAUAUGGCAAAAUCCUACCAAGAGCCGAAAUACAACUUUUCGAGGUAUUCAUGCGUUGAAGCGGCAAUGGCGAUUUUAACGCACCAUGCCAACAUUCACAAAGAAGUGCAAGUCGGAGGUCUUCUUCACAGAGAAAAGUGGUUUAUUUCAUCACUUGAGCAGCAUGAUUUUCUGCUAGCUUCCAUGAUUGUCUGUCUCGAGCUCACCUCGCAGACUCAAGCUAGUCCAGAACGCGACGACGAAAUGACCGGGUUGGUGAGGUUUGACCGUCAAGAAUUGAUUAAAGCACUGGAAACUUGCAAAGUAUCUUGGCAUAGGCUUAAAUCAGACUCCUUCGAAGCGCAAAAAGCAUUCGAUAUGCUCUCGGUCAUGCUGGAUAGAGUUUCGAUGGGCACACAGUCGGAGGGAGAGCGACGUCUUAUGGACAGAGUCGCCAGGCAUGAUAACGGCAACUAUACAGCAUCUCAGCCUAUGGAUGACGGUAAGUCUACUAACUAUACAGUAUUUUUCGUUAUCAUGUGCUAA